AGUAGGAUACAACGCUGGUGUGUAUAUAACUGGAAACCUACGUUGUUGUCUCACGAGAGUUUGGUCUGUCUCAUUCUAGUUUUAUCACUGCUCUUCUCUAUAUAAAGCUCACAGGUCGAGCAGAGACAAGAGGCACUACUUAAACGAUCAGACAGUUGAUUAAAAAGAACUCUGUCGGAAAAUGGAUAGCAUCGACCAAGAGUUCAACAAUUACUGGGAAACAAACUCCUUCCUCCCAAACGAAGACUUCGAAUAUGACAGCUGGCCUUUGGAGGAAGCGAUUUCUGGGUCGUAUGAUUCGAGUUCGCCUGAUGGGGCGGCUUCGUCUCCGGCUUCUAAGAAUAUUGUGUCGGAGAGAAACAGAAGACAGAAACUUAACCAGAGACUCUUCGCUCUACGAUCAGUUGUCCCCAAUAUCACUAAGAUGGAUAAAGCAUCAAUAAUCAAAGAUGCUAUUAGUUACAUACAAGGUUUACAAUAUGAAGAAACCAAGCUCGAAGCCGAGAUCAGAGAACUUGAAUCUACGCCAAAGAGUAGCCUGAGUUUCAGUAAAGAUUUUGAUCGUGAUUUGUUGGUUCCUGUUACAUCCAAGAAGAUGAAGCAGCUUGAUUCUGGUCCUACCCGUUCUCUCAUCGAAGUUCUCGAAUUGAAGGUAACAUACAUGGGAGAGAGGACAGUGGUGGUGAAUGUAACAUGUAAUAAGAGGACAGACACAAUGGUGAAACUGUGUGAAGUCUUUGAGUCAUUGAAUCUCAAAAUCCUCACUUCCAAUCUCAACUCUUUUUCUGGCAUGAUCUUCAACACUCUCUUUAUUGAGGCGGAUGAAGAAGAACAAGAGGUGGUGAGGUUAAAAAUAGAAACAGGAAUAGGAGCUUAUAAUGAAACUCAAAGCCCCACUUUGAGCAUCGACUCUCUUUACUAAUCAAUUUUUUUAAUUUGUUUUAAUUUGUUUUGCCUUCUCUCUAUCUUUACAAAUAAAUAAUAUGUUUAUCUCUUUCCACUUUCGUUUUGUUGGUUCAUCAGAAGACUUCUUGUGCGUAUGUAGUAGUGUCUAUAACAAUAAUCGUACGCAUCUGUUUUCUCUCUUAAUUUAGGACGUGGGGAAUGGUAUGUUUGGCCUUUAUAUAAAGCGGAAGAGAAAAGGAGAUUUGCUUCCUAUUUUUCCAAUAAGAUAGAUAACGCAUUUUUAAUAGCAAGUUAGAUGAAGCAUAGACUAAUGAUUAACACUAAUACCAUUCCUGUUUGUUAAAGCC